CAGGAUGGAUGUCCUUCAAAUUCAGGAAGAGCAAAUAGGAAGAAACCGGUGUGGAAGGAAGUUACCAAGAAUGCUACCUACCUGCCAUUGGACUGGAUGAAUUGGCAUCUGAAGAAAGACAGGCCUGGAUUUUGGUUUGCCCGAAAACUGGAGCUCGUGUGUUCAGUGUCCUUUGAUUAUGUCAAUCCAUUCUGUGGGAAAUACUCUAAUGCACAGUACUGUAACCCAGGCUGACUUUUACAGCCAAGGUCACAUUGUAGGGAAUUCUAUAAAAGUUGCUCCCUCCAGAAAAUUAUUUCUGAGCGUUUGCCUUCACUCACUGCUUGAAACAGAGCCAGACUGCGUAGCGACCAUAACUUCAAGGGCUGGAAGUUAACCCCAAAAGGUGUUGCUAUGGGAUGAUCCUUUGUUUAGGAUAAAAAACCCCAGACUCUUUGGUUACUUUUAAAGUUGGACUCUUAACAGCGUUGACUUUGGUGUUCCGUUUUGAGAGCGCGCUGACUGUGAAUGCUCCCAUACACAACACCUGUGUGGCCUGAAGUGAUGGAAACCAUGCCUUGAGAGUAGCUGCAACGAACGCAUAGCCAUGACGGAACCCCACCGGGUCCAACUCACCUCCUUGUCAGGCCCACUCACUACCACUUUGCUGAAAAAACCUCGGUGGGAGGAUGUCGCCAACCCAGAGCAUCCUCCAGAAUCUGAACCUGCAGCUGCAGCCGUCCGCAUCGCCCUCUCCCUUUUUGAGCCAGAUCACAAGCGCUGCCCGGAAUUCUUUUACCCAGAACUGCUGAAGAUGACGCGAGGCAAAGCGAAAAGCAAUUCUGCGGGAGAAAAGAAAAAAGACUUUGCUGACCCCUUCAAUGAUGAAGAAAAGGAGAAGCACAAAGCAGAAGCCCUUACCAGGAAGUUUGAAGAGAAAUAUGGUGGGAAGAAGCGCCGGAAAGACCGUUUUCAGGAUUUGAUUGACAUGGGGCAAGGAUAUGAUGAAUCAGAUUCUUUCAUUGAUAAUUCUGAAGCCUAUGAUGAGCUUGUCCCAGCGUCUCUAACAACCAAGUAUGGAGGCUUCUACAUCAACUCUGGAACUCUGCAGUUCCGACAGGCUUCCGAAUCGGAGGAUGACUAUAUCAAGGAGAAAAAGAAGAAGUCUCCGAAGAAGCGGAAAUUGAAAGAGGGUGGUGAGAAGGUGAAGAAAAAGAAGAAAGAUGACAAUUACGAGAAAGAGAAGAAAUCUAAAAAAUCUAAGUUUUCUAAAACUGGUUUCACAGCUCUGAACGCCAGCAAAGAAAAGAAGAAGAAGAAAUACUCGGGGGCCUUGAGCGUCAAGGAGAUGCUGAAGAAAUUCCAGAGGGAAAAGGACGCCAAGAAGCAGAGGGACGAUGAACCCAAGCUGAGCAUUCCCUCUCUGGCUGAAAUCCCAGCUCAGCGGGAAGCAGAGAUCGUGCCCGACCCUCUUCUCUCUCUCUUCGGCCACGCGAGCGACAACGAACUGCUCCAGGCGGCCACAGCCAUGGACUCCUUGACUGACCUUGACCUGGAACAGCUUCUGAGCGAAUCUCCAGAGGAGAGCCCUUUCCUGGAGAUGGAGAACGGGAGCGAUCCCCUAGGAGCGGGCCUGGAACCCGACCUGAAACAGCCUCCCUCCCUUCCUGAUGGACUUCCGGAACCACUGGUGAAGCGCGUUGAGGAGCUCACUCAGACUGCCAGAGCUGCAGAGAGGGAAGGCAAACACAAGUUCUUCAACCAAGACAUGAACAGCAUCCUACUGGAUAUAGAGUUGCAAACCCGGGAGCUGAACAGCCAAAUGCGAUCGGGGGUCUAUGCACAUCUGGCCUCCUUCUUGCCUUGCAACAAAGAUACCCUGGUCAAGCGGGCCCGGCGACUGUACCUGUAUGAACAGGGGGGUCGGCUGAAGGAGCCACUUCAGAAGCUGAAAGAGGCCAUUGGCAGAGCAAUGCCCGAGCAGAUGGUCAAAUACCAGGAAGAAUGCCAAGCACACACCCAGGCCAAGUUUGCCAAGAUGCUGGAAGAGGAGAAGGACAAGGAGCAAAAAGACCGGAUUUGUUCCGAGGAUGAGGACGACGAUGAUAAAGGAGGGAAGAGGAUCAUGGGACCUCGGAAGAAGUUUCAGUGGAAUAAUGAAAUCAGGGAUUUGCUUUGCCAAGGGGUGAAGAUCAAACUGGACGGGUAUGACCUGGAGAAGAACAAAGCUCUGUCCAUGGAAGACUACAUAAAAACAUUCCUAGACACCGAAGUCAAACCUCUUUGGCCAAAGGGCUGGAUGCAGGCCAGGACAUUGUUCAAAGAGACCAGAAAAGUGCACAGUCAUCUCACUUCAAUCCCAACCAAAAAAAAAGUGAUGAUUCCUCCAAAGGUAAAAGGAAAGGAGCCUUUUGGCAAACCGGAGAAGAAGCUUCCCCUCCCCGUCCCGUUGAUCCACCCCAGCGGUGCAGUUUCUCUGUCUCCAGAUUCCCAGGGAGUUGUCGUCGGCCUCAGCCCUCAGACUAGGGAACUGUUGGCUAUGAGUUCCAAUCCAGUCACCAGCACCAUGGCUGCUCCUCCUCCUCCUCCUCCUCCUUUCAGCCUGGACGAUUCUCUCGACGAGGACUUGAUCCAUCACACGACUUCCUCUUUGGAAGCUGUCUCCAAGGAACUGGCUGCGCUCAACAGCCGAACAGGAGGCAACAGCCCUGACUUCACCGUCUCUCCGGCUCUGAAGGCGCCUGCGGAGAAGCCCUCCAGUCAGAGCAGCUUGGAAGAGAAGAGGGUCUUCCCCAAAUCGGCUCCCGCCCCUGCCCAUUCAGCUGUUGGGGGCUCCGUGCAGUCUCCACUCAACUUCUUGGCCGAACAGGCUUUGGCGCUGGGCCAGUCUCCCCAAGAGAAGAAAGCUGAGGGCCCCACGUACAAAGAGCUCCCUUGCCAGAGCCCUCCUUCCAAGCACUUGGACGCCCACCAGGUGGCCAAGCCGAAACACCACAGCCUGCCCCGUGCGUUGCAGGGCCCUCAGACCUCAACCCCGGUGCAGACCCCCCAAGUCAAAGUGUUUCCUCUGGUUACUCAGCAGCAGAAAAGCUUCCCCCCUUCCCCGCCUUUUGUCAAGCUGCAGAACCCCAAGAUUGUCUCCCCGCUGGCUCAGCGCCCUCUCCUCCAACAGCAAGCCAAGGCCCCCGCCAAGGCCCCCGGCUUCCAUUCUUCCUCUUCUUCCUCCUCCUGCUCCUCCUCUUCAACCAUCUCUCCCAAGACCCCCAACUCUUUGGUGUCUCUGAGUUUCGCCGGGAAGCACCCAAGUAGCCCUAGUUCCUCAGGGCAGUCUUUCAAGUCGCCCUUUGUGGCCCUGUCCAGGCACGUGGCGGCUUCUACCGGAAGCGUAUCGUCCGGCAUUGCCUCAACUCAGAGCUCCCCUUCGGGCAGCAUCCUGCCGGGCGCCUGUGUCCCUUCCUCUGGCCAGGCUCCCAGUCGCUCGUCGCCCGGUUCCCUGGUGAAGAAAACCCUCGUCCCUCAAAAGCUGACUUUGGUGGCUCCGCCGGGGGGUCCCAACGUCAGCUCCAGCGGAGGAACGCAAGGAGUGGCCAAGUUGUUGACAUCUUCCCUGAAACCUGCCAUGAUCAGCAGCUCCACACCCUCUACCUCUGGGCCGAAAGGACCCGGUGGAGCAGUCCUGCUGACCAGUUCGUCUUCCUUGAACGUCCUGUCUCCUUCCUACAAACCCAACAGCCCAAAGCUGCCCACAGCACUAAGCUCUACUCCACUGGGGAUUAUAUCGCCGAUCCAUUCCUUCCCUCUCCACGUGAUUUCCUACAGCUCUGACUCUUCCGCCAAAGCUGGGGUGUCAAAGGAUGUGAUAGUCACAGGACCGGCCCCAGGAACAUUCCAUCACGGUGUUGGCCAUAGUCUUCUGGCUGGAUUGUCCUCCAGCCUCCAUCAGGCAGCGCCGCCUGCCCAUUUAUCCCACAGCUUGCCAGAUAGCUCUCAGCUACACAGCAAAGGGCCCAAUGUGCAACCGCGGAAAUUGUGACAAUUCUGAAGA